UUUUACGUGUUUUGGAGUUUGUACAUGCUUCAGGGUUCGGACGUGUUUUGGAGUUUGUACGUGCUGCUUUGACUCUAGGGGCCACCAUAAGUAUGCUUUUCUUUAUUCACUCCACAUAAAAUGUAAUAAAUAAAUCAUAUAAUACAAAAACCAACUAGUCACAGUUCAACUUUUAACUAUUUAAAUUUUCAGCUUUUUCCUUUUAAACAAAUUUAAAAUGAAACAACACAAAACUGUCACAGAUUAAUAGGCAGAGGACUCACUCGCAGGAUUCCGAAGUUUUAGAGAGAAGGUGAGGGUUUAUUUACAAUGUGACACCAAGUGAGAAUAUAUACAUAUAUACAGUGGGACAGAUAUCACGGGGCUCCAGGGAGUAGAGCGAGGUCCGAGGGGAAGGUCCAAGACGGGGGUACACACACGCUCCUCUUCAACUUGAUCCGUAACUCACUCAGAAUGCUCACGCUCACUCACACACAUCCACAUAAAUCCAGACGGCAGGGAAGACGGGCAGGGAAUCUAGAAGGCGCUAGGUAGUGUGACGAUCCAGCGAGGAAGCAGCGUCUCUUGCCAUCUUAAGUAGUCUGCCAGGAUCAGUGUGGAUGAGCCACAGGUGUGUGUUCAGGGCGGGUUCAGAGGCGGGGAAUCAAGGUCCAGCUUGGUGGGAGAGGCGAAGACAAAAAAUACACACACCACGACCUCUCCAGAUCUUCAGAACCAUGACAGUACCCCCCCCCCCCCCCCCCUCAACGGGAGCCUCCAGGCGACCCACCAGGCUUGUCCGGAUGAGCGCGAUGGAAAUCCCGGACCAUACCCGGGUGAAGGAUAGCUGACCUAGGGACCCAAGAGCGUUCCUCCGGGCCAUAGCCCUCCCAGUCCACCAGAUACUGAACUCCCCGUCCACGGCGCCGCGAGUCCAUGAUGCGCAUAAUAGAAUACGCGGGCUGGCCAUCAACGAGCCGGGCGGGUGGCGGGGGCCUGGAAGGAGGGCACAGAGGACUGGACAGGUGUGGUUUCAACACCUGUCCAGUCCUGGUACAGUGAGAGAGAUAGUCAGCAGUAAGGUUCUCCCUGCCUGGUAAAUGGUGGACAGAGAAUCGAAAAGGCUGUAAGGCCAGGUACCAGCGGGUAAUUCGCCCAUUUGUGUCCUUGAUCUUCUCAAGCCACUGGAGUGCUUUGUGGUCCAUUUCCAAGGUGAAGUGUCUUCCCAGUAGAUAGUAGCGGAUGGAGUCAUCGCUAAUGUCUCCUUUUCUGCUGUGUAAUACUGAACUUCCCUUGGAAACAGUUUCCAGCUGAUGUAUGCCACUGGAUGGCGGCCUCCUAUGGAUUUCUGAAGGAAGACAGCUCCCAAGCCCCGAUCACUUUUCAGUUAUUUAUUUGUAAAAAAUGUUUGGAAUCAUGUAUGAUUUUUGUUCCACUUCUCACGUGUGCACCACUUUGUAUUGGUCUUUCAUGUGGAAUUCCAAUAAAACUGAUUCAUGUUUGUGGCUGUAAUAUGACAAAAUGUGGAAAAGUUCAAGGGGGCCGAAUACUUUUGCAAGCCACUGUAAAUGCAAAACCUCGUGCUCUCAUCAUUCUUGGGUACGAAGACCAUGGGGUUACACCAUUCGCUUUUAGAGCUUUUGAUGAUCCCUAGGCACAGCAUCAAAUCAAUUUCCUUCUUAAAUGAAGACAGCAGAAGUUCCAGGAUCCUGUAACUUAGUCAUCUCACAGAGGCACCUUCUCAUACCACAAUAUAAUUGUCAUAUACUGGGUUGCCUGUGUUGAGCGGGUGGGCGUUGUGGCUUUACGCCACCAUGACAUGCUUUGCAGCAGGGCUGUCUAUGUGCAGUUCUUCUCUUAGCUGCCACACCCGUUGUUGUGCUGUUAUAACCCAUGCUGGAUAUACGUUCAAUAAAGCAGCAUCAUAAGAAAGCUACCGAGUGGUCAUUCUACAUGGUGUCAGACGUGACCUGGACCAUCGCCGGAAUAACGCCAUAGGGGAGAAAACAACAAAAUGGUUAAGUUUAAUCCCCUGACAAGCUUCCCCUUUGAUAAGCCGACGGAAAAGCCAGACUGGAAACAGCGUUUCGAGCGCUACAGGAUUGCAACGAAACUCCACAAAGACAAAGGACAAGUACAGGUGAGCUGCCUACUCUACGUGAUGGGCAAUGAAGCGGAGAACAUUUACAAGUCACUCACCUUCGCUGCCGAUGAAUGUCGUGAUGACUUCGCCAUCGUAAUGAGGAAGUUCGACGAGUAUUUUUUCCCACAGAGGAACAUUAUACAUGAGAGAGCAUGUUUUCACCAGCGUGUCCAGCGGCCAGGUGAAAUGGCGGAGAGUUUUAUCCGAGCCCUGUAUGACCUUUCAGAGCACUGUGAGUUUUGGUGCAUGUAAAGAGGAAAAUAUCCGCAACCGUAUUGUAGUCGGGAUACAAGACAAGGACCUCUCCCGCAGGCUACAGCUGAUGAAGGACCUCACGUUGGCGCAAACGACCCAGAUCGUUAGACAGUCAGAGGAGGUCGCAGCGCAGUUCAGCUUGCAGGGAGAUGCGGGAGGCUCAGUACAGGAGGUACGGGAUAAAUGGAAAAGCAUGGACUGGAAAUCACAACAACAACAGCGAGGCAGGCUACCCGCGGAAAAAAAAAAAUAAAUGGGCGGGGCGUGACAAGAAAUGUGGUAAAUGUGGGAAGACACAGCAUGUCAGGGAUGAAAGGUGCCUGGCAGCAAAACCUGUUUGCCAUGGCUGCCGAAAAAUGGGACACUGGGCCAGGGUGUGUCGUAACACCAGAUCAGUGAAUGAGGUUACAGAGACACAGAAAAGCGAGCAGGCCUCAUACUUUCUAGGCUCAGUGUGUAAUGCAAAAGGAAAUAGCGAAGCAUGGACUGUGCCCCAAUAGAAUUUAAGAUUUAAGAUCUCGGCUACUUAAAGGCCACAAUAAGCUAUAAAGGCAAAGACUACCUAUCCAAGGUGUAUGUGGUUCGUGGACGCAGAGUUAACAACCUUCUCAGCCGCUCCUUGUCAGUGCAGAUGAACCUGGUGGGAAGAAUUGAUGAAGCAACGUUCACUGCCACCAGGAACCAACCACUUUACGGUGAACACGGAACACUAAAAACUGAGCCAGUCAAAAUUCAGUUAAGGGACGAUGCUGUGCCAUACGCGGUGCAUACGGCACGCUGUGUGCCUUUCCCCAUGCUGCAGAAAGUGAAGGAGGAACUACAAAGAAUGGAGAACCAUGGUGUCAUUGAGAGGGUAACCCAACCUACCGAAUGGUGUGCCCCAAUGGUGCCUGUCUUGAAGAAGAACACAGCAAGGGCCAGGAUCUGCGUCAAUCUGACAAAACUGAAUAAGUCUGUCAAAAGAGUGCGCUAUAUCUUGCCUACCCCUGAGGAAACCAUGUCCAGGUUGAGUGGGGCAACGGUCUUCUCCUCGCUGGAUGCAGCCAGUGGAUUUUGGCAGAUCCCGUUGCAUCACGAGAGUUGCAAACUAACGACAUUCAUCACGCCAUUUGGCAGGCAUUGCUUUAAGAGGCUGCCCUUUGGGAUAACAAGUGUACCAGAGAUCUUUCAGCGAAAGAUGUUGGAGACCUUAGAGGGGCUUGAAGGUGUGGAGGUCUUUAUGGAUGACAUCCUGGUCUAUGGGGCCACCAUGGAACAACACGACACCCGACUUGAGAAGGUGCUGCAGUGCAUUGAAUUAGCCGGACUGAAGCUCAACCGAGAGAAGUGCUCCUUCAGACAGAGCCAACUUCGCUUUCUAGGGCACCUGAUCGAUUAUUCUGGGGUCAGGCCAGACCCUGAGAAAGUGAACGACAUUCUUCAGCUGCCGUCACCAGAAAACGUGCAAGAACUUAAACGGAUCCUAUGAAUGGUUAAUUACCUGGGCAGAUAUAUUCCUGUUCUUGCCACAGUAUGCCAGCCAUUGUACGAGUUGCUUAAAAGCAAAAACAGUUGGACUUGGGGCCACCCACAGCAGGCAGCCUUCGAGAACAUUAAGAGAGCGCUUACAUCAGCACCUGUUCUUGCCUUCUAUGACGUCAACAGACCCACAGCCAUAUCUGCCGACGCCAGUAGCUACGAGCUUGGGGCUGUGCUGCUUCAGCUUCAUGGCACAGAGUGGAAACCUGUUGCCUACUGCUCUAGACGCCUCACGGAGGCUGAAACACGCUACGCACAAAUCGAAAAGGAGUGUUUGGCGAGUGUUUGGGCCUGCGAGAAGUUUGAUAAGUAUCUAUGUGGCUUAGAUCGCUUCAGGCUUGAGACGACCAUAGACCUUUGGUGCCCCUGGUCAACAGCCGGGACCUUGAUAAUGUUCCAUUGAGGUGUCAACGCCUCCUGAUGCGGCUCAUUAGGUACAAGCUGGAGGCCGUCUAUGUCCCUGGCAAAACGCUUGUCAUCGCCGAUACGUUGUCACGGAGUCCACAGACUCGGGCUGAGGAUGACACUAGCACUCACAGUGAAGUGGACUGCUACAUAGCUGGAAAUACUGCACCUACCAUCCACGACCAGUGGCUAGGUUGUUCAGAAACUGAAGUCGACCUUUGUUAGGUUUGGGAUCCCUGACGAGGUGGUGAAUGACAAUGGCCCUCAGUUCUCAAGCUCUGAGUUCCAGGCCAUUGCAAGAGAGAUGGAUUUCACCCACGUAACAUCUAGUCCCCACCACCCACAGGGAAAUGGUCACGUGGAGAGAGCAGUACAGACUGCAAAGAAAAUCCUCCGGCAUGAUGACCCACUGAUAGCACAAAUGUGCUAUAGGUCUACUCCCUGUACCACUACAGGCUUCAGCCCAGCAGAACUCAUUAUGGGGAGGAAGAUCAGGACAACCCUGCCUACCUUGGAGAAGAAUGUUCAACCUAAAUGGCCCAACAAAAGAGAGGUUAAACGAAGGGAUACUGGUCAGAAGGCCACGCAGGCGUUCUACUACGACCACCGCCAUGGUACUAAGCCACCGAGUGGUCAUUCUACAAUAAUGUUUGACAAUGUUAGCAAGAUUUGGACAAUACCACGGAGCGCAAGUUUGAUAACAUCAUGGAGAAGCUCGCGUCUCUCCAACGGGAGAUUGAGAGACCAGUGUCGGAGUGUUAAGA